GAAACAUUCUCACUGAAGUGGAAUACAGGAGAGUUCACUUGAAUGAAUCCGUCUCCAGCCUCUCCUCCCCGAUGGGCCAACAACCACCCGGCGGGGGGCCAGAUCCAAUCAGGCAAAUCAGGCAAACACCGCUUUUUCUCCCCCGCGUUUGAUCUUUCUUCAAGAUCCGAUUCUUCUCUCUUCUUCCCCACUUCCAUCCUGCAUCUUCUCUUCUCCUGUGUGUCUUAGACAAGCGACACUCCGAGCUGCCCCCCUCCCUCCCUGUACAUCCUUCAUCCAGCUCACAUAUCCCCUUGUGUCAAAAUGGGCUCCGAAACCCCCUCCAACGCCCUCUGGACCACCCAGUCCGUUCUAUCCACCCUCCCCCACCCGCCUGAAGAAAACGCCGCCACCCCGAUCCCCUUCUUCCACCUCCUCGAACGCCUCAAGACCACCAAGCGCGAGGGCUGGCGGCGCUUCGGGAUCAACGCGGGCGAGUCAAUUUCGGACCACAUGUAUCGGAUGUCGAUCAUGACGAUGCUGGCGCCGCCGGCGCUGGCGGCGCAGCUGAACCUGGCACACUGCAUGAAGAUGGCGCUGGUGCACGACAUGGCGGAGUCGCUGGUGGGCGACAUCACGCCGGUGGACAAGGUGGACAAGACGGAGAAGGCGCGGCGCGAGGCGGAGGUGAUGGACUACAUCGCGAAGACGCUGCUGGGGGCGGCGCCGGGCGGGCUGAUGGCUGGUGAGGGGAUCCUGGAGGUGUUCCACGAGUACGAGGCCAACGAGACGCUGGAGGCGCGGUUCGUGCACGACGUCGACAAGAUGGAGCUGCUGCUGCAGAUGGUCGAGUACGAGCGGGCCAACGGGGUGGAUCUGACCGAGUUCUGCCAUGUGGCGGGGCGGAUUCAGUUGCCGGAGGUGAAGGAGUGGGCGGCGACGGUGAUGCAAGAGCGGGAGGCAUUUUGGAAGAAGCAGCAGCAGCAGCAGCAGUAGCAGCAGCAGACCGAGGCUGUUUGAAGUCGGCGUGGUUCACUCAAUGACAUAUCCGGCGUUGUUUCGAGGCGUUUCACUUAUGGGGACAUUAACGGAUAGAGGUUCGAUUCGAUUCGAUUAUUAUAGAAUUUUUAGCAUGAAUGAGAAAUCCGCAUGACAGUUACUUUC